AUGGGAAACGUUCUAUCACCAAAGUACACAUAUGAAGAGUGCACCGCCGAUUUGGGUGAUCUGGGGAAGCUGAAGGGAUCGCUGAUUGAUGGAAAGGUCAAGAGAUACGUUAAUGUCCCUUAUGCUCUCCCACCUACUGGUUGUCACCGUUUCAAACGGCCCAGAGCUUUGCCUAAGGGGUAUUCCUACUCGCCAGACGGUGAGGCGCGAAAUGCUGUCGAUUUUGGGCUGCCCUGUCCGCAGCCCACUUAUACUUCUCUGCCAGUAUCCGAACUCGCAGAAGAUGAUGGCGAGAGCUCAGCCUAUCCAUAUGAUGAAGAUUGUUUGAAGAUGAACAUAUGGAUGCCAGCUGGACCCCCUCCGGCCCACGGUUACUCGGUCUAUGCCUACUUGCAUGGUGGAUGGCUGCAGAUUGGAGAUCCUAGCAUCGACCCCAAAAUGGAUCCCACAGAGCUCAUCACAACCGGUGGACUCAAUUGUAUCUUCAUCUCAGUCGGGUACCGCUUGAGCGCCCUUGGUUUUCUGGCGUGCAAGGAGCUAAAGGAUGAAUCCCCUGACGGUUCAGUGGGUAACUACGGUCUUUGGGAUCAAAGAGUUGCUCUAGAGUGGAUACACAACCAUGUCUCUUUGCUGGGAGGCGAUCGUAAAAAAGUUGUUCUUGGAGGACGUUCUGCGGGAGCGUAUUCCACACACGCUCAAAUGGUGUACGAGCUCUUACAAGCUAAGCCGACAGACGACGGUCUCUUUCAACGUGCCAUCAUGAUAUCGAACGCCAUCCCCUGCGUGCCAAAAACGGUUGAAGAGUGUCAAUCCCAGUUUGAGUCACUGUUGAAGGUCCUCGAUAUCCCUCUGUCUUUGUCAGGACCCGAGCGCUUGGCUAGAUUGAGAGAUGUUCCCCCGGACACUCUGACGAGAAAGUUGAUGACGAUCGAUCAGUUCACAUUCCGGACUGUUCAGGAUGGCGUUUUCUUCCCCACAAGCCAAACAUGGCUGUAUGACGGAAAGCUUGCUAAAGAGUUCAAAAAGAGGGACAUGGCGGUCAUCAUCGGUGAGGUUCAGGAUGAGGAAACCUUGUAUCGAGAUGGUUUCCACGUCACCGAUGAGAUAUCACUGUACAAGGCAGUAAAUCAAUACUACUCGACUACUGUGGUCAAUCAGAUGAUUGACCUAUACUUGAACCAGAAAAUUAAAGAGCCGUAUCAACACCCGGAUCCUAAUCCAGAAGUGGAUCACUACUCUAAAGUGCUUGGAGAUAUCAUUAGUGACGGACAGGUUCGAGCUCCAAGUCGAUCCUUCGCGAGGCAGCUGAGAGACGCCAAUGUACCUUUGGACUCGGUUCACCGGUAUAUAAUCGCGUGGGCUCCUGAUUUUGUGAUGAAUUUUGCUCCUCCUAAAUUCGGGGUAACUCACGCUAUGGAUAGACCUAUACAUAAUUUCUCGAUAUUCCACGGACCACAUCCUCGCGAAGAGGGGCUGAUGCGUCAGUGGAUCAAAGACUAUGCAAACUUCAUCAAUUGGCGACCUGUGGAAUACGGUACGACUGAAUGGAAUCAGGUCAAGGUUCUGAGUCCAAAAGGCGGUGGAAGUAUCCAGAUUGAGGAUGAUACGAAGUGGGAUUACCUCGAAAAGGUGUCUCAAGUGAUCGAAGGACGCUCUUCAUAA